AUGCCCGUGUGGCUCAUCACAGGAGCUUCCCGUGGUAUUGGCCUAGGUUUUGUACAAGCACUUGCACAAGAUCCGGAAAAUGCCGUCCUCGCAACGUGCAGAUCUCCAGAAGAGGCAGUCGAGCUCCAGGACAUAGCUUCGGCCUCUGAGGAUCUGAUUAAUCUCGUUCAGCUCGACCAUGAGAAUGCAGACUCUUGUCGCGUCGCUGCAGAGCAAGCAGAGGAGCUUUUAGGGGAAUUGCCGAUCGACUACAUUAUCAACAAUGCUGCAUUCGCAUGUCACGCCCCUUUGCAAUCCGUCUCCCUCCCGGCCUUUCAACGGACCCUUGUUUCCAAUGUAGUCGGGCCCACGAUGGUUUAUCAGACGUUUUACAAGUUUCUGAUGAAGUCGGAACGACCCGUUGUGGUCAAUAUCUCCAGCGGAGCUGCGAGCAUUGCAAUGGAUCUCGGGCCCAGCGCGGGGGCAUAUUCCGUGAGCAAAGCGGCACUGAAUAUGCUGACAUACAAACUCGCCAAAGAGAAUCCAAAGGCGAUCAUUGUCUCGAUCUCUCCAGGAUGGGUCAAAACAGCUGACGAACUGGAUGUUGCAGAUAUGGGUGGCUCAGGGGCACAAAUAGAAGUCGCGGAUAGUGGCCUCAAACCCCAAGACUCGGGUCUCUUCCUCAACCGAGAGGGGAAGCCUCUGCCGUACUGA